AUAGAACACUUUCAUUUUGCCAAAUAAAUAAAUCAAUAAAAAGAGCACACAUUUGUAGUUACCCUUUCAGACAGCAAAAAUAUGGAUCCAUUUAAUUUUCGUUUUGUUUUUCCUUUUUAAUUUUUAUUUUUUCAGAUUAGAUUCGUUUCGUUCCCGAGUCUUCAGCUCACUGGGCAUUGUCUCUACCGUGUGCAUCCACUUCCCACUCGUCAAAUCUUCUUCUUCUUCUUCCUUCUUUCUUUCGUCUUAAGUAAAAUUCACUGAACAGUUCCCACAUCAAAUCACCCAAAUCCACAUCAGAACCCCGUUUUUUCACACCCAGAAUCUUUCUUGGUCUUUUUCUUGAAUUCAAGCACAAAGUUUGGGUCUUUUUCAGCUCUGGUUGAAUCCCCAUUGGAGGGCUGGCAUCUGGGUGUUAGUCUGCAUGCCAGUUUUCGCCCAAGUUUGAAGCUUUUCCCCAUUCUGCUGCGACCCAAUUGAUGGGACUCUAAUGGGUUCCUUGGAAUCUGGGAUCCCAUUGAAGAAGGGGAGCUUGUUUGGUACUCAGUUCACUAGAAAAGAGAAGAAUCCUUUCUCUCACAGGUUCAGAUCGAGCUUUUCGAGGUUGCUCUUUAAGAAGCUCGAUUACUUGCAAUGGAUUUGUACGGUGGUGGUGUUUCUGUGCUUGGUCGUUGUGUUCCAAAUGUUUCUGCCAGGGUCGGUUGUGGAAAACUCCGAUGAUGAGUCCUUGAAAGCUGUGAGAAUGCGGUCUGAUAAUUUGUUCCAUUAUGGAGAAAUUCAGAAGGUUGUGUUGGACAUUGGGGAGGAUGCCCUUCUUUUGCCAAUGAUUUUGGAGAAAUUUAGGAGAGGUGGUGGUGAGGGCAUGGAUGCGGGUUUGUUUAACCACACAGUGCAACAUUUUGGAUACAGGAAGCCUCAGCUUGCAUUGGUGUUUGGAGAACUGUUGGUUGAUUCUCACCAAUUACUUAUGGUAACAGUUGCAACUGCUUUGCAAGAGAUUGGCUAUGAAAUCCAGGUCUUUUCACUUGAAGAUGGACCAGGGCAUAAUGUGUGGAGAAAGUUAGGAGUUCCCAUUUCUAUCGUCAGAACUUGUGAUAAGCGAAACAACACUGUGGACUGGCUAAACUAUGAUGGUAUAAUUGUGAGCUCUCUAGAAGCCAAAGGUGCCUUUUCAUGCUUUUUGCAGGAACCUUUCAAGUCCAUCCCUCUUAUAUGGAUUGUUCAUGAAAAUGCUCUUGCUUAUCGAUCAAGGCAAUAUACCACUAAUGGGCAGAUAGAAUUUUUGAACGAUUGGGGAAGAGUUUUCAAUCGUUCAACAGUUGUUGUCUUUCCAAACUAUGCUUUGCCGAUGAUUUACUCCACAUUUGAUGCUGGAAAUUUUUUCGUUAUUCCUGGUUCCCCUGCCGAAGCAUUAGAAGCAGAAGCAUUUAUGGCCUUACAUAAAGAUAAUUUGCGUGUCAAUAUGGGCUAUGACCCCGAAGAUGUGAUUAUUGCAAUUGUGAGCAGUCAAUUUCUGUACAAGGGCAUGUGGUUGGGGCAUGCCAUUGUUUUAAGGGCUUUAGAACCACUUGUGACAGAUUUCCCUAUUAACAGAGAUAAUGCCAGUGCAAGACUACGAAUCAUUGUUCAUAGUAGAGAAUUAACAAAUAAUUACAGUGUGGCUCUUGAGACCAUGGCGCAUAGCUUGAAAUACCCAAGGGGUAUUAUAGAGCACAUAGCUGGAGAUUUGAAUGCCGAUUCCGUUCUUGGCAUAGCAGAUGUAGUGGUGUAUGGAUCCCUUCUUGAAGAACAUUGUUUUCCAGAGAUUUUGAUCAAGGCUAUGUCAUUUGAGAAACCAAUUAUUGCUCCAGAUGUUCCCAUGAUCAGAAAAUAUGUUGAUGACAGGGUGAAUGGCUAUCUUUUCCCAAGGGAUAAUAUCAGAGCUCUGAGACAAAUUUUGUUGGAAGUGAUCUCAAAUGGGAAAAUCUCACCCUUGGCUCGUAACAUUGCCUCUAUAGGGAGGAACACUGCAAAGAAUCUUAUGGUUUCAGAAGCAAUUGAUGGAUAUGCAUCUUUACUUCAGAGUAUUCUCAGGCUUCCAUCAGAGGUUACUCCACCCAAGGCUGUUUCAGAUAUUCCCCCCAAUGUUAAAGAACAGUGGCAAUGGCAUUUAUUUGAAGCUGUUCCAAAUAUGACAUAUAGUAAUAGGACAUUAAGAAGUAGCAUGUUUUUGGAUAAAUACGAGGGCCAGUGGAAUCAUUCUCAUAAAAAUAGAUCCACUACGACAGUUGCAGCAAAUGAUAUAUUUGUAUAUAGCAUAUGGGAAGAAGAAAGAUAUACUCAAGUGGCUCUUACCAAAAAAAGGAGGGAGGAUGAAGAGUUGAAGGAUAGAACAGAGCAGUUUCAUGGAACAUGGGAGGAUGUAUAUAAAAAUGCUAAGAGGGCUGAUAGAGCAAAGAAUGAUUUACACGAAAGAGAUGAUGGAGAGCUUGAGCGUACAGGACAACCACUAUGCAUUUAUGAACCCUAUUUCGGGGAAGGAUCCUGGUCUUUUCUACAUAAGAAAACUCUUUAUCGAGGAGUUGGCCUGUCCGGUAAAGGUCGUCGACCAGGGAAAGAUGAUGUUGACGCUCCUUCUCGUCUUCCACUGCUUAAUAAUGGUUACUAUCGCGAUUUACUCGGCGAACAUGGAGCCUUCUUUGCAAUUGCAAACAGGAUUGACCGGUUACACAGAAAUGCUUGGAUUGGAUUUCAGUCUUGGAGAGCAACAGCAAAGAAGGCAUCUUUGUCCGAAACUGCUGAAAAUUCAUUAUUGAAUGCCAUCCAAUCCAAAAGGUACGGGGAUGCACUAUACUUUUGGGUUCGCAUGGAUAUGGAUUCACGAAACCCUUUGCAAAAGGACUUUUGGUCAUUUUGUGACGCCAUUAAUGCAGGAAAUUGCAAGUUUACUUUCUCAAAAGCCAUGAGGAGAAUGUAUGGGUUAAAAGAUGAUGUGGAUUCUUUGCCACCAAUGCCUGUAGAUGGUGAUACAUGGUCUGUCGUGCAGAGUUGGGCUCUGCCCACUAGAUCCUUUUUGGAGUUUGUAAUGUUCUCCAGAAUGUUUGUGGAUGCAAUGGAUGCAGAGAUGUAUGAUGAACACCAUUCAACAGGACGCUGUCCUUUGAGUUUGUCAAAAGAUAAGCAUUGUUAUUCACGGCUUCUGGAGCUUCUUGUGAAUGUGUGGGCAUACCACAGUGCAAGGAGAAUGGUGUAUGUGGACCCGGAGACUGGUUUGAUGCAGGAACAACACAAGUUCAAGAGCCGCAGGGGACAGAUGUGGAUCAAAUGGUUCUCAUACAGCACCCUUAAGAGCAUGGAUGAGGACUUGGCGGAACUAUCAGAUUCUGAGGAUCCUAAGAGGCAUUGGUUGUGGCCUUCAACGGGUGAAGUAUUCUGGCAAGGUGUAUACGAGAGAGAGAGAAGUUUAAGGCACAAAGAGAAGGAAAAGAGAAAGCAAAAGAGCAUAGAAAAACAGAUCAGAAUGAGGAAACGUCAUCGCCAACAAGUGAUAGGGAAAUAUAUCAAGCCCCCACCAGACGAGGAAAGCUCCAAUUCAUCCAUGCUUGCAGCAACAGCAUGAUGAUCAUUUUAAAACCAUUGUUUUGAGCAGUGUUGCUCGUAAAAAAAAAAAUCAUUUUUUUUUCUUCUUUUUGUAAUAUUUAUUUGAUUUUGCUUAACAUAACUGUGGUUUUGGUUCAGAAAGGAUGCAUAUUUCUGUUAAGGGUGUUGAGGGUACGUGAGAGUAUGCAUCCUUCUGCUCAUUCCUACUUAUAAAUAGCUAAUGUGUAAAGUAAGUAUCUUUUCUUUUUUGACUUAUUCUGUAAUUCUAUUCUUUCAUGAUGAUAAAUUCUUUUAGAGAGGUGUGGCAAAAUUGUAUUGUUGGUGGCUCUUUCAAUCUAAAUGAAUAAUUAAUUGCAGUGUUCUUA